AUGACAGAGCAAACUUCACAUAAAUGGGUAUCAACGUUAAUCAAUGGGGAUUAUGAAGAAUUUUUAAGUGAUUUACGCGGUGUUAAACAAACUGAUUCAUAUGAUGAUACGUUUUCCGAGACUGAAGCAGAUGCUAGAACAUUCGUUGUUCAAGCAUGUUCACAAAAAUCAGGAGAUUUCAAAGCGAUAGAUCUGGCUAAUUUCAUUGAUGAAAAAUAUUAUGCAUUAAAGGGAAUUAAAAAACAAAGUCGUGAUCGCAGUCAUAUGGAAUCUGAUUUUCAUGUUCAACAUCUGAGUGCCUCGUUUUUUGAACGUAGCGAAGAUGAAUGGAAACAAGCGGUUGCAAAAUAUAAAUCAUUGAAUGUUGAUAGUGAUGUUAAUUAUCUUAGUCAUACAGCAACAGCUGGUAUUAAUGUCGAAGCCGACGCUUACUUCGAUAAUGAUACAAUCUUAAGCUUAGGUGUACAAUUACCAGCUAAAAUAAAAUUGGAUGAAAUUCGUGACAUAAUUUCAAAACAUCGAGCUUUUCACAAUGUAAGUGAAAGUCAUUGCAAAUUUUUAAAGAUAUAUUUUAUCCUAUGUAAAUUACUUUAUUGUCUUGGUUACAAAACUUCAAAUGCUAGCCAUCAAAUAUAA